GCGGCAGGAAGUGGAGCGACCCAGCCCAACCUGCGGAGGCCUGGGUCCCAUACAGCCCCCCGCGCCCGCCCCCGCGGGGGUGGGGCUGCGUAGGGCACCAAAAUGGCCAGGGAGGGCCCUGGCCCCAGGGGCGGGGAACCACUGGAGCAGAAUAUCCUGUUACAAGAAUUCGCAGCUGCUGGUUCUGUUCUAGGCUGGUUUCUAAUUUCUGCUACCUGCUAAGGACACAGGCCUGAGAUUUAGGUUAUUCUUAACCACACGAACCACUACCCGGUCCUGGAGCUUUGAACCGCCUCUGUUUCGGAGACGCUACAGGGCUCCUGUGAGUUCUGUUUCAACAGCAAAGUUCAGCAAAAACAAAUGAGCAGAGAGAGCGAGACAAAAACAAAACCCAAAAACCUAAUCCCAUCCCCUAGGUCCUGGUAACGGGCCCGGGGCGGCCCGGGGGCUGGGGCUUGACUCUCCCUGAAUUCUAAAGAGUGAAGCUCGAGACCCCCACUUCUGCAAAUGGGGGUGGGGAAGUGGUGAUAGAAUUAGCAUAUUCCAAUCCUAUUGGCUCGUUCCCGAGCUGUUUUACAUAGGGCCGCCUCUUCCCCACUCCCUUCUCCGGCAGGCUGGGUUUUGCGGCGUAGGGCUGCCUGCUAGUGCAGUGCAGGGAUCGGCGCGGGAGGCUGGCGGCGGCGGGGAGAAGGGAACAUUUAAACACUUUUAUUUUUCCGGUGUUCUUCCGCCGCCCGGCUGGGAGCGGGGCUGCCGAGCCCCUCCGCAGAGCUGAGCCGGCGCGUGGGCCGGGAAGAGGCUUUGGAAGGCGCAGGAAAGUGGCCAGCGGGCUCUGUCGUGUCUUUCCAUUCCCACUCUGGUUUCCUGCGGGUGCAGCAUGAAGUGCAGCUAUGGCAAGGCGAGGUAAGACAGUGGUGAGGACGCUGGAAGAUUUGACCCUGGAUUCUGGUUAUGGUGGUGCUGCGGACUCAGUCCGGUCCUCCAACUUGUCUCUGUGCUGUUCGGAUUCCCACCCGGCUUACCCCUAUGGAGGAAACUGCUGGCAGCAUCUAGCUGACUCCAUGCACAGUAGGCACAACAGCUUUGACACUGUCAACACGGUCCUAGUGGAAGACUCCGAGGUGCUGGACUGCUCGGGGCAGCAGUGCUCCAGGCUGCUGCCUGACCUUGAGGAGGUUCCCUGGACUCUGGAGGAGGUGGAGGCGCUGCUCCUGCUGCGGCACAGGGAGCCCCGCGGCCCGGCGGCCACCCCCGCCAGAGAUGCCCUGGCCAAGCUCUCCACCUUGGUCAGCCGGGCGCUGAUCCGGAUCGCCAAGGAGGCUCAGCGGCUGAGCCUGCGGUUUGCCAAAUGCACCAAGUACGAGAUCCAGAGCGCCAUGGAGAUCGUCCUGGACUGGACGCUGGCCUCCAGCUGCACGGCGGCCGCCCUGGGCGCCCUCUCCCUCUACAACAUGAGCAGCAGCGGCGGGGACCGCUUCAGCCGGGGCAAAUCCACCCGCUGCGGGCUCACCUUCUCGGUGGGCAAGUUCUACCGCUGGAUGGUGGACAGCCGGGUGGCCGUGCGCAUCCACGAGCACGCCGCCAUCUACCUGACCGCCUGCCUGGAGAACCUCUUCCGAGACAUCUACGGGCGGGUGAUGGCGGGGGCCAGCGCCUCGGCCCACCCGCACCCCAACCGGGGCUCGGGCUCCGGCUCCGGCUCGGGCUCGGCAGCCGCCGCUGGCGCGGAGAAGGACAAGGAGAGCGGCGGCGGCGGCGAAGCGCCCAAGUUUACGGUGGAGUCUCUGGAGCAGACGGUCAACAACGACGCGGAGCUGUGGGGCUUGCUGCAGCCCUACCAGCACCUCAUCUGCGGGAAGAACGCCAGCGGUGUUCUCUGCCUGCCGGACAGUCUGAACCUUCACAAAGACCAGCAAAGGCCAAAUAAGCCAGGCGAAGUACAGAUGUUUAGCCAAUCAGAGUUAAGGACCAUAGAGCAAUCCUUGCUCGCUACCCGGGUGGGAAGCAUUGCCGAACUCAGUGAUCUGGUGUCUCGAGCAAUGCAUCACCUCCAGCCACUCAACUCAAAGCAACAUGGCAACGGCACUCCAAUGCACCACAAGCAGGGAUCGCUAUACUGGGAACCCGAGGCUUUGUAUACUCUCUGUUACUUUAUGCAUUGUCCACAGAUGGAAUGGGAAAACCCUAAUGUUGAGCCUUCAAAAGUUACGCUGCAGAUUGAAAGGCCAUUCAUAGUGUUGCCACCCCUGAUGGAAUGGAUAAGGGUUGCUUUGGCUCAUGCAGGGCACCGUCGCAGUUUCUCUGUGGACAGUGAUGAUGUACGGCAAGCAGCAAGGCUCUUACUACCUGGAGUUGACUGUGAACCUCGACAGUUAAAAAUCGACGACUGCUUCUGUGCUUCUCGAAAACUGGAUGCGGUAGCCACAGAAGCUAAAUUCAAGCAGGAUCUGGGAUUCCGAAUGCUGAACUGCGGCCGAACAGACCUAGUUAAACAGGCCAUAUCUUUGCUGGGGCCAGAUGGAAUUAACAGCAUGAGUGAACAGGGCAUGACUCCACUGAUGUAUGCUUGUGUCAGGGGUGAUGAGGCUAUGGUGCAGAUGCUACUAGAUGCUGGAGCAGAUUUGAAUGUUGAGGUUGUCAGUACUGCUCAUAAAUAUCCAUCCGUCCACCCCGAGACCCGCCAUUGGACAGCUCUGACAUUUGCUGUGUUGCAUGGACAUAUUCCUGUAGUUCAGCUAUUACUCGAUGCUGGAGCAAAGGUAGAAGGUUCUUUAGAGCAUGGAGAGGAAAAUUACUCGGAAACUCCUUUGCAACUGGCAGCAGCUGCUGGAAAUUUUGAACUGGUGACUUUGCUGUUGGAGCGAGGUGCUGACCCGAUGAUAGGAACAAUGUACAGAAAUGGAAUUUCCAUGACUCCACAAGGUGACAUGAACUCUUUCAGUCAGGCCGCUGCACAUGGACACAGCCUUCCAGAGGAACGUAGAUGCAGGAAUGUGUUUCGUAAGCUGCUUGCUCAGCCAGAGAAAGAGAAGAGUGAUAUUCUGUCCCUGGAGGAAAUACUGGCUGAGGGAACUGACUUGGCAGAUGCUGCACCAGCCCCUUUGUGCGCCAGCCGCAACAGCAAGGCCAAACUGAAAGCACUGAAAGAAGCCAUGUACCACAGCGCCGAGCAUGGAUAUGUGGAUGUCACUAUUGACAUAAGGAGCAUAGGAGUUCCAUGGACGCUACAUACAUGGUUGGAGUCUUUGCGAACUUCCUUUCAGCAGCACAGAAGGCCUCUCAUCCAGUGCUUGUUAAAGGAAUUUAAAUCCAUUCAGGAGGAAGAGUACACUGAGGAGCUCAUCACACAUGGGUUGCCUUUGAUGUUUGAGAUACUGAAAGCAAGUAAGUUCAGAAUAACCAGGACCCAAGUCCUCCACACAUGUACAUCUUGCAUUCUCCAUGUGAGACGUGAACAUCAGAAUGAAGUGAUAAGUCAGCAACUGUCUGUCAUUUUCACUCAUUGCUAUGGACCUUAUCCUAUUCCAAAGCUUGUUGAAAUCAAACGAAAGCAGACCUCUCGUUUAGAUCCCCAUUUUCUUAACAAUAAAGAGAUGUCAGAUGUUACAUUUCUGGUGGAAGGAAGACCAUUUUAUGCACAUCGAGUGUUACUAUUUACUGCAUCCCCAAGGUUUAAAGCGCUGCUAUCUAGCAAACCCUCAGCUGAGAACACUUGUAUUGAGAUCAGCUAUGUGAAGUACCCCAUAUUUCAGCUGGUUAUGCAGUAUCUUUAUUGUGGCGGUGCAGAAUCACUCCUGAUUAAGAAUAAUGAAAUAAUGGAGCUUCUCUCUGCUGCUAAAUUUUUCCAGCUUGAAGCUUUGCAACGACACUGUGAGAUCAUCUGUGCAAAAAGUAUAAACACAGAAAAUUGUGUGGAUAUUUAUAAUCAUGCCAAGUUUCUCGGAGUCACAGAACUAUCCUCCUAUUGUGAAGGCUACUUUCUAAAAAAUAUGAUGGUCCUCAUUGAAAAUGAAGCUUUCAAACAGCUGUUGUAUGACAAGAAUGGAGACACGUCUGGUCAGAAUGUACUACAAGACUUACAGAGGACGUUGGCGACACGGAUUCAGUCAAUUCAUUUGUCGUCUUCAAAGGGCUCUGUUGUAUAAAGUUCAGGAAGGAGAUCGCGCUCAGAAAAGACACUGCGAAUUCAGGCUCCUGUUGCAGUUGCUUAAAUGAACAUACAAAAUUCUACUUCACAUUGGAAUAUAUAUAUAUAUAUUUUGUUGGCCAAAGGUGCUGCUUUUAGGCUGCAGCCUCACUUAGAUGAGAGAAUGCUGUACAUAUGGCUCCUACCCGUUUUUGAGAAACAAGGAUGUAGCACUAUUCUGUGAAUUACUGUUAUGUUCAAUUCUGAAUGCAAAAGUGUGGUCUUGGAGCUAAUGCCAACAAAAACCAGAACUCACCAAUGAACAGCAGAAGCCUCUGCCUGAACAAAGAGACCAUGGACCACUUAAACUGACAAAUGGGUUAUUUAAGGUUAUUUUGCUCCAUCAUGUUAUACAUUUAAGAACUGUACUGUACCUAUUCCAGAGUCCAUUCUAUUGUGCAUUUAAGAAACGUAAGAUUUGUUAGUUGCUGUUUCAUAAGGGUCAACUGUGUUAGAGAGUUGGUAAGACUGUUAUAAAUGAGGAAAUAUACUGGCAAAUUUUUAGGGGUGGGAACUUUUUUAAAUUGUUCAUAACAAAUGGGGUGGCCUUGUAGAUUAAAAUCUAUUUCUUAAGCUUAAAAAUUCAUUUUUGACAGAGUUGUGUUUGCGAAUCUAUGUAACAUGUUUUGUUUUUUAAAGGCACGCUGUGUAAAUACUGUAUACAUAUGAGCAGGUUUUGCUUAUAUUCUUUCCUAAGGUGGUAUAAUCUUGCCUAAACGGUUAUGGUUACACCAAAGAGGUAUAUUAUCAAGACAAUAUCUAACAUGGUAGUUGGGGAAUAAAAAUCUGCAUGCUAAUUGUGAUUUGGGGUUAAAAACAAUAACAAACUCAACAUGCAUUUGCAUGGUAAUUGUACCUGUGAAAUGUUAUGUUUGUGCUUUGUUUUGCCAAGACUGCUUCUCAAACUCCAUUUGUGAAAUUAGCACAUUUACUUUUCUUUCUUAGUGCAAAUGGUAGUGAGAUGAUUCCCACAGAGACUUGUUGGAAGAUGCUGAUUUCCAUUUGUUACAUGGAAGAGUUAAUAUCAGCCUUUACUCUAGUAACAUGUCAAUAUUUCGCUACUGGCCAGAGAUUGUGACUAAGUUAGACUUUUUUAAAUUAUUAUUAAAUAUGUACUAUAGAAUAAUUUCUUACUGUAUCCUCAGAAUGUAUAGGUUAUCUACAAUGGAGAUGUUCAAUGUCAGGGCUAAAUUUAUUUUGCAGCAUACUGUUAGCAAGAGAGAUCUGUUAAGUGCCACAGUUUUCUGGACAUCUUGUACUUGAUGAUACCUUUCAUGAAUCAGUUGCUUUAAAACACAGGGAAGACCUCAGUAAAGAGCAGGAGAAAGGUGCUACCUUUUCAGUGGCAAAAUUACAUGUAUUUCUUUUCUAGCAUACUUUUUGAAACUGUGCCCGGUUCACAGAUUUUUAGGAGCUUUAAUUUGACAGUGCAUGGUAACUUGUUGGUCUUUUGUUAGAGUAUUUAUGUCCAGUGCUAUUUCCUGUUUAUAGCUUUUGGAAUGCUCAGAAAACACAGUCUUUGCAUUAGUUAUCAACAUGAUAGGAAACUGUUUUAUUGUUCUGAUCUGUAAAUCCUCCCAUAUGCUUGAUCAUUUUAAAGCCUAUCCAGUAUCUGCAACAAAUUACAAAAUUGUCUAAACUACCAUUAAUGUCUCAGAGACACAGCAUGUCAGCCUAACAAUGAAUUAUCAGACAAUUUGUUUCUGCAUAUGAUAUGCCAUAUAAGAUGUUGUCUAGAACAUUUAGCUACUGGCGACUUACUUUUCUGUGAAUGUUGCAAUGCUAGAGAAGCAAGAACCUGAUAAAUGCAAUCGGAACUGUUGGGGGUGCUUAUAUUAUAGUUUGGUGUGCUUCCUCACUCAUUGAAACCCUUUCUUCCAUAUUCGUAACGAUCUACAUAAUAAAAACAAAUCUCACCCAGCAGCUUAAUGUUAAUUUCUCUAAAUAUAAAAUUAUAAUGCUCCAGAUUUUUAUCAAGUAGGCCAAAUUCUACCCUCAGGUACACACAGCUCCCACUAAGGUCAUCAGGCAUUGCAGGCAUGUAUCCACAAGCAUAAUUUUUCUCUGUGGGAAGUAAAAGCACAGGUAUAAAUUCAGCUAGGCAAUCUGGUGUCUUAACAGGAUGAUAACCACUGCUUAUGUAGCAGUGGCUUCAGGGCAUACAUUAAUAGCAGUCCAGGGCAUUGGUAAUGGGAUAUAGAGCCUUAUAUCUCUGGGUUACUCAUUGGAAUGUUGAUGUAGACUGAUGUCACGAGCACAGAAAUCCACCACAGUAGGUGUAACUUUCUUUGGCAGCUUCAGCAAAAAAAAUCAAAGACUGGUGGGAAAGGGAGACUUCUCUUCUGUCUCACCCUGAGGCCUUGGCUACACUUGAGAGUUACAGCGCAAUAAAGCCACCAACAGCGCUGUAACUCACUCCCCGUCGACACUGGUAAGACACAUACAGUGCUGUAUCUCCAUGGCUACAGCACUGCUUGUACUCCACGUCCCCGAGAGGAAUAGAAAGUAUAGCGCUGCUGCUGCUGCGCUGGGGCGCCAGUGUAACAAGGGAAUAACCUUAGUACGCCAUGACUGACCUCGGAAGCUUCCCAUAAUCCUUUUAAGUGAAGGUUCCGCUCUUUGUUUUGUUGUGAACUCCGGGCUCCCGGAGCUGCUUAUCAAAAAAACAAACACAGCCCCUGUUUGCUGUGAAUGAGCAGAGGCAGGGGGGCUCCCUUUGGAACGCCCACAGCUAGUGUU